AGUCCUCAGAAGCCUUCAGUGUUGUAACCCCUCAAUACAUAUUCUGCGUGUAUGGUGCCAUCUCCAAUUUACCGUAGGUAUCGGCUAUGACGGCAGGAUGUGUCAUCCCCUUGGUUACAGUAUAUCACUGACCAGAUACCGAGACAGCCUCGUCGAUGACGUCAUUGCAGCUGCACAUGAGAUAGGACACAGCCUUGGAGCACCCCAUGACGACAUGCACAGCAGCUGCACGUCAUCAGAGAUCAACAUCAUGUCCGGGACCCACGGUUCAGAGGAUCACGUGACACAAAACAACGACUACACGUUCUCCGCAUGCUCAGUCAGGGCCUUCGAGAAACACGUGACCUCACUGGAGGUUCGGGGCGACAGUAAAACCCUGUCAUGCCUGUAUGACUCCAUCCAGCCUCUGUCAGUCUCGUUCCUCCUCCCCUCCCUGCCUGGCCAGCUUCACGAUGUCCACCGACAGUGCCAGAUGCUCUACUCCCCCUCCUCAUUCUUUUGUCAUAUCGACAUAGGGGGGUCGGAGAACGUGUGCAGCCGUAUGCCGUGCUACAACCCCCGGACCAGACGCUGCGCCUACCAUACCGCAGGGGAGGGAACGCCGUGCGGCAACAGGAAGUGGUGCAUUGCCGGGGCGUGUGUACACUCUGCCGACGCUCCAGCCAAACACGCUGAUUGUGUAUUUGGGAACCGCCCGGGGCCUGUGUACCAGGGUCAAGACUGUGACCAGACGCUGGGGAGUAAGAGACACCUGUGCUACAGCCAGCCUAACCGGCAGGUGUGCUGUGAUACCUGUCUCAAGUUGGCCACAGGGCCACCUGGUUGCGAGUACGGCAACAACUAUUGGAAUAUUUCAUCGUGCAGUCCCGACAAAUGUGGCGAACCUGGAAGUCAGUACUCUAGGCUGUGUUGUGAAACGUGUCAAACGGCAUCAACAACGUCAGCAACUACUACAACACCGGACCUACACAUCGACAAUAUAUAUCCGUCUGUCAUGGGGGAAAAUCAACUGACAUCUUCAAAUGAGACAACUGUCAACGGGACGGUACCGCCUACGUCAUCGGAGAAUAAUGAACCUACGAAUAGCACUGAUGGUCCGGCACAAGAGACGUCAUCACCUUUCACGGUCCUGUACGACGAGGCAUCGAUGGGUUUUCCUUCUUCCGCACCUUCUACGACUGAAGAAGGUUCGUUCAUAUCUACAGAACCAAAUAUUAAUAUUUCGAGUACAAAUACGAUUCCCCUCGAGUCUGUAGUCGAAACCACGCCAAUGGUUACCAAGCGAACAGAUGGAGCGUGGACUGAAGCGCCAGUAAAAUCAUCUGAGCUCGUACCAUCAAGGGAGCCACCCACAACGUCCGUCACACAUCACGCAAAGCACACUCCGCCCUCAACACCUUUCCCUCCGUCAGUUACCACUUCAUCUACAACGUCGGGGACAACGGGUGAACCGCCGAAAUUUUCAUCUACACGUUAUCUUAACCAUUCAUCUACUGAAGCGUCACCUGCAGAUGACGAAGAGCGUGGAUUGACCCAGUUUGGCCUAUCUUGUGAGUAUUGCUCACUGCUCAAACUUGGCAGAAAGGAACCCGUGUUUGUUGCUUAA